CCUAACAAAUUAUGUCAUUGAGUUUUCAUUACAAUAUAAUACAUAAACUCUUCAAAAUUCACUUUAUUUCCAUGUUUACCAACUAGAACAAAAAAGGAAACACCGUUUACAAUGAAAAACAACCUCAACAUGAAUGAAACAACCACAAUAGAAACAGAGUUUGAGGACUUGUUACCAGUGAUGGCAGAGAAGCUUGAUGUGGAAACCUUUGUAUCUGAACUAUGUGGUGGUUUUAAUCUUCUAGCAGACAAAGAAAUAGGUUUGAUCACAAGUGACAGCUUAAGGAAAAACUCAGCUCUGCUUGGUAUGGAAGGGAUGAGUAAGGAAGAUGCUGAAGCUAUGGUGAAACAAGGUGAUCUUGAUGGUGAUGGAAAGUUGAAUGAGACUGAGUUUUGCAUACUUAUGGUGAGGCUUAGUCCUGGAAUGAUGGAAGAAGCUGAAACAUGGUUGGAGAAGGCUAUUGAAGAACAGUUAAGAAAUUCUUCAACUUAGAUUACACUUUUUGUGAUCAAUUUGAGUUUUAUUUGGAUGUUUAAGCUGUAAAAAUUUAUGUAACUCAUCUUUGUCCUAAAGGGCAUUUCAUAAUGAAAUGAAUUAUUCUCCUAUGUAGCAUAAA